UAUAUACAGAAAUCAAAUAGGAUUUUUGCAAGCCUGCUUGUUCGAAUUGGAAUCCUACCAAUUGUAAGGCCAAGUUGUAAACAAAAACAAUGAAACUGGAAGAGCUGCUAGCCAAAGGAUCGUCCUCGCCACCGGAAGACGACGACGAGGACGAGAAGGUCGACCUUAAGCCACAGAAGUCGAGCAGCGCCACCGCGGACGAGGGGGCGGAGAAUGCAGAGGAUGCGGCCGAGGACGCUGGCGAGAAGGAAGGCGCGGGCGGCAAAAAGAAGGGCACGCGCAAGAAACGCUCCCUCAACUGGGAGGAGGCCGAGCGCGGCCUGCUCCUCGAGGUCAUCAAGUCGAAGGUGGCGUUCGUCGAGAAUCGAAGCGUUGACGCCAAGAGCAUAAAGGCCAAGAGACUGGCCUGGUCUCAGAUCACCAAACAGUUCAACGCGCUCAACUUUCGCCACAGACUGCUGGAACAGAUCCAGGUGCAGUGGCGCAGCAUGAAGAACUCCGCCAAGCGGGAGCACCAGCAAAAGCAUCCCAAGGCGGAGGCCCUCGAGGGCAUGCGCAUGAUCGAGUUCAUGGAGGAGAUGCAGAAGGAUCCUGUCACAUCGCGCAGCCAGACACGCAGCGCCAACACGAACGGAGCGAUCAAGAAGGAGCUCCUGGACAUUGACGAGGACGAGGACAUGCCGCUGGCCGCUCUGCCCAACUCCACGAACGCCAGCGAAGACACGCUGCAGACGUCCACCAUAGCCAUCCCAUCGCCGCCGCCGUCCACCGCUGGCGGGGAUGCGGACUCGCAGCAGGAGAGCACUCCCGCCGCCCAACAGCCUGCCCAGCGACGCAAACGGGCCAAGGCCAAGCCGUCGCCGUUGGCUGGCGCCAAAGCAGAAACAUCCGCCGAAACGGGAGAGGAGAACGAAAAGACAGCAGCCGCCUCGCCGCGGAAAAGGCGACAGAGAAAUCUUUCGCAGGCCCAGUCAGUGCUGUCCGACGAGAAUGAAGCCUCCAACAGCGUAGCUCCCAUCACCACACUCCAGCAGUUCUCUCUGGGAGCCACACAAGUAGCCGCCGAUACGAAUAGCCAGCCCGUCGACCUUGUCAGCACCUCCGAGAUGGAGCAAAAGUACAAGCAGGACCUGUUCAAACUGUUGAAACAGGCCCGAUUGGCCGAGAUCGACUAUGCCCGGCGGGAGCACGAGCAAAAGCUGCGCUUCGAGCAAAUGGAGCAGGAGAUUAAAAUGGCCUACUACCGGCAGGAGCAGGACCUGAAGCUGCGACACAUGCGCGAGGAACACGACAUCCGGCUGCGCCAGCAGCGGCGGGAGCACGAGGCGCGCUUGAGCAUAUACUCCCUCAAAAGCAGCGGCCUCAACGGAAGCAUACAGGAACCUAGCGCGGCGAAAUGCAAUGCCAAAGCGGACUACAACAAUGUUCACGACGUGGCUGGGCCAUCGACUAGUGCGGAGGGGGCGCUGGCGCUCAAUGCCGCCUGCAAUUAGGGGCUCCCGCAUGCAUACACAAUACGAAUUGCCAGCAAUUAGAAGUGUAAGUGCAUUUAGAGGAAACAUCAAGAAGAAACAGUACUUUAAAAUUUAGCUUGAAAUACGUUUAGCGAAAUGUAGCUCAUCCGGACAUUUGAACUUUCGGACAGCCGGAUACGAAUACGAAUACUCAUAGACACACCACACACUCAAGUUGCCACACGGGGGCGGCGCAUCCGCCGCCUGUCGUCACGACAAAUGGACUGUUGUUUUUUGUGCAUUUCGCACCUCACGAACUCACUCACAGACAUUGCAUUUUUAAAAAAGAAAACUAGUAUUAUAUAUUUGUAUCUGUAUCGGUUAAGUGCUCCGGACAAACAAGAGAUCAAUUGAAAACGCGGUUGUGUCGUCGAAAAAGAAAGAAAAAACAAAAUACUCAAGCACAGACUCUGAAUAAGUUCCCCAAAACUACUCCUCCUCAGUCAGUAUUCUAUAUGGCCACUGUAUUAUUUUUAUGUAUUCCUUUUUUUUUAGUUAUAAGCUUUUUUUGUAACUUGACUACCAUUUAUACAUAGUAGGUAACAUGCUCGGACAUGUUUGUUCAUACAUACGGAAGCGAGCAUCUUUUAUAGCUCGCGUAUAAUCAUAAGUUACUGUACGUACGUGUGUUGUAUAGCGCUGUAAUAUCCUGUCACUUGCUUCAGCUUAAUAAAUGCCGUAAUCCCGGCGAGAGCAAGGUAAAAUGAAA